AUGGCAUCUCGGGGUGAAAAUAAAAAGAAGCCCCAGUUACAGGAGGAUGCCGAGGGUAUUGGUGGCUCGGCAGCUGUGGAUCGAAGCUGUAGUGGGACGGUUCUUGUGGAGACAUCUGGGGCUGUGAAGCGGCCACGUGAUGAGGAGGAGGGCGGUAUUUCCAAGGUACCGAAGGAAGAGAAUCAGGAAAAACAUUGUGAGGUUUCACAGGAUCAACGUAAACACGAUCCCUCGGACGGGGAUUAUAUCGCAGCGUACUUGCGCACCCUUCUGGAUAAGGUUAUUGGUUUGAGCCUCCAGGAACUCCCCGUCGAUGCCCUUCGCGUGUUAUGCAUAAUGCUCGGCAUACCACUGUCAAACAGCAAGAGCAAGAUGGUGUACUAUAGUAAGCUCGCUAGUUUCUACUACACAAACUGUGAAAAACUCGGAAAGAGAGUGUCCAAGUCUUUCCAUGUUUUUGAGCAGUUCAGGCGCGACGAGGAAGUGCGGCAGAAAAUUUUUUCACAGAACUACACAUCUCGUACUUCCACGAGUAGAACAAACUCAAAAGCUACUUCCUUAGAGAAGCAAUCUAGAAGUUCUGCAGUCAAAAACACCAAGAAGGGUGCAAAUCAGCAGACUUCAGGAGACGGGGAGAGCACUGUUUCCUCAACGCAGGGGACUGCGGUAGCUAGUAAAAGGUCUUCUAAACCGCGUGUGGCCGCAAGCAAGUCAACCCCUGCAGUAUUAGAUAAUGGCAUUGUACACCGCGUGGAUGAGGAACUGGAGGUGAAACACCAUGGAAAGAUGUUCGUUGCUCAUGCCAGCAGCCGUAAUCAGUUUGCUUCGGCGUCUGGCGGAAUGGAUGAUGAAGUGGCUACGGAGGACGCGUGGACCAGUACAAAACUUGAGGGUGCGGUUGCUUCUAUUAUUCAUCUGCACGACCCAGUCACUACCGCAAUUGUUGUUAGGAAGUUAGCACAGAUGGGAUACAAAAGUGCGACCGCUGAACAAACCGUAGAGGUGAUUUUACACCGGUUUCACGACAGGCAGUUUAUUUUCUACGAUAAUGGCAUGGCAUUUCUCCUUUAG